UGACGCCGGCCUAAAAAAGAUGGAGGUGUGUGCAGAUCGUCGCUGGCGGCAGGAGGUAGGAGUAACGAACACAACAUCCAUCAUGCGACCCACAUUUCUGGCUGCUGCUCGCUCCACCCGGUACUCUCGGAGAUUUUUGUUGUUGUUGUUGCAACCAUUCGCAGCAGGAAACGCCAGACUCCAGAGACCGUUGUUCCUUCUUACACUUGCAGCACAAAGCUGUAAUGCAGCCCAGUUGUCGUCCCCGCCACCUAUUGUCUUCAGUGCUGCAGGCAGUUAUUUCUCGGUUAGUGGUCCCCAGCACUCUUCCACUUCUGAAGAGGAAGCUCGAACCAGAUAAUUAGUGUGCUUGACUGUGGAGCAGGAGGCGGUGAGAUCAAAACCCAGCGUACGCAGCUGUCCAAAAGAAAUUGAACCUGAUUUUUCGGGGGGAAGGGGUUCAAUGGGUAAAGACGACAAACGAAGAGAGUAAAGCAUAGGAUUGAGAUUCACUUUUCAUAGACUUUGUCCUAGACACGGUGAACCACUCACUGUUCUUUUCGAACUGAGAAUGCCUUUACCUUUCUAAACUUCCCACGACAAAGCUGUUUUCAAUAGUGACAACUUUUCAGUCCGUACUUGUCAGUGGAUUUUUUUUCUCUCAUUUUGAGGUGUAUCACCCGCUCCAUCAACAAUCAUCAUGCGACUUCCGUCUCUGGCAAUGGUGGUCACGUGGAUCCUGCAGUCGAGGGCCGAUGAUUCACAGCAGUUUACAGUGACCCAGGAAACUCAGUUUUUCUUCUUUUUCUUCUGUUCAUCAUCAUACCUCUCUGCCUCCCGAUAAGCCCGGGCAGAAACCGUUAAUCUUUCUGGCUUCGCUCAGCUAAACCUUGGAGAAUGACGUGUGGCUACGAGGUUAACCUGUUCGCUGGUGAGUUGUGAUGUGACAUGAGCACUGCACUCACUGUGUAGCUACGAGGUUAACCUGUUGGCUGGUGAGCUGGGAUGUGACAUGAGCACUGCACUCACUGUAUGACUCAUGUUAACUAACAUUAGCCGCGCGGUGAACCUGGGCGUGGCGACUACACUCUCCAACCCCGACAAUGCUCAUUACUGUGGAAACAUGCAAAUAUCUGAGACUUCGUCAUGAAGCGCCAUCAUUUCAUUAUCUUUUCCCCGAACUUUCGGUAGAUAUCAUGGACGAAAUGAGCGCUGGGUUUGAUGGAGAAGGAGGAUGAUUUUGUAGAUGGCACAAGCACCAGACGAGGAGACGCCUGCAAGAUGACGGCGCGUUAGUUAGCAGGAAGAUGGAGAAUUGGUGGGGCAGGCCCUGGCAAUGCUCUCCUCCCUAUUUUAAGACCAUCUUAACUCUCUUACGCAUCAACUUCGUAUUUCAGACAAAUAAAAUUAACCACAGUUAAUGGCAAGUAUUUGGAGACUUUGACCUAUGGAGAAUUGUUUUCUUCUUCAUUUAUAGUUGUUGGGGUGUGCCUUGCUGGCAGUCGGCGUCUGGCUGCUCAUGGAUGACAACGCGGGGCGUUAUGUGGAGCAGCUGACGUCAUCAGCCACCUCCACCAGCAACGGUGACGUGUUGAUUGUGAGCUACAGCCAGGUGACAGGUAGCAGCCUCGUCAGCACCCUGGCCUACCUGUUCAUCGGUUUAGGCUGUGUCAUCGUCUUCGCUACUUUCAUCGGUUGCUGCGGGGCCAUCAGGGAGAGCCAGUGCUUGUUAUUCACAUUCUUUGCCUCUCUUUUCGUCAUUUUUGUUAUCCUGGUUGGCAUCGGAAUCUGGGCUUUCGCAGGACGCAAGGAUGUAGACGCCCAUACGGUAGAACUGCAGCAGAUUACAAACAAGAUGAUUCAAGAAGGAGUCAGCAACUACUACAGAAACAACGAGUCGAGCAGAUUUAUGGACACUGUUCAAAAGAAGUUUAGGUGCUGUGGUGCUGACAAUGCUGCAGGCGACUAUGAGAAAGACAGAACGAAGUCUGUACCUGCCACCUGCGAGGUCAAGUACCGGCGGCGGUCCUGCCUGCCAUCUUAUUUCCGGUACGUGGGGGACCAGUUCGAGAAGUUCAUGGAGGACAGACUGGUGGUUGCCGCUGGAGUUGCCAUCGCUCUCGCUAUAUAUAUGAUGAUCGGCAUGACUGUGUCGAUGUUGCUAUGCUACGCCCUGAAGGACCGCACGUGGAAUACGAACGCUUGAAUGACUUCAGACGCCGCGAGCGGGUGACACUGACGUCACGUGUGUCGUGGUACCUUGGUACCUGUUUUGUGUUUACUACCAACUGACUUAACGAGAGGGUAACAGCUCACACGACCGGCACUAAUAAUCUCUGGCACUGAGCUAAUAUUCCAUGGCAUUGAGCUACUGUUGCUAGAAGGAGGAGCAGAGGGGGACAACACGUGCCACGCGCUAAUAUUAGACGGGUACAAUUAUAUUAAUAGGUCUCCUUUAUUCUAAAAAAAGCAGGUUAUUUAAAAAAAUGAAAAUAUUGAAAAGCUAGCAUCUUCCUUGACAAUGAGAAUCCAGUGAAAGUGUUGGCUUUGAGGUGUUCAGAGUCAAGUGUAGACCGGUAAGAUGCCAGGACCUAUAGGUGAAGCCAUUAAUCUCUCUUGUUAUUACAUUUGUUUUAGUGCAUCUAUAAUUGGCAGCUUGACACACAACACCGUGUGGCAGCUGUGGGUUUUUUCUUUUCUUGGUUUAUACUGACAGGAAUAACUGUGAACUGUAUGGUUCCACACGGUUGCAAGAUCAGAUUUCUGUGGGAAGCACCUUGACAAGCCAUAGUUUGCUGUUAGUGACAGAUCUGACGAGUUUUGGGGCAGCGGAAAUCAUCACUUGGCGAUGCUACUGCUAGGUGUUUUGCCUUAGGUGCCUUGCUUGAGGUGCUAUAGACUAGGUAGUAACUAGGCAUCCAUACAUCGAAGCUAAGGAGCGCAUUACAAGUUUAUGGGAUGAAGAGAAGAACUUUAUUAUUAUUUAUUUUUAUUUUAGUACACCGUAAAUAUUUGUACAAGCCACGACAGAAGCAGGCAGGCGCAAGGUGUUGGUGUGUGGACUUAAGGGAAGGGGAGGUGGUGGAAGCACAUGCUGUGAAGAAUACAUCACGUGUCCUUUGUGAAGCAGCGGAUAAAAGUAAUGUCAUCGUCUGAAAAUGUUGUCCAGCCUUUAUCGUUUUGUUAUUCACAAAUAGUUAAAGUUUAAAGCUGUACUAAAAGCUACGGUAUUCAGUUGUGUGAAUGUGUUCUUGCUGUGCAUAGAUGGCACGAUGGCUAAGGUGAGCUCGAUUAUCCCUUCGUAAUACAAUUGUGCAUUAAUAAAUACUUAGGCAAAUAUAGUU